AUGUCUGACAGUGGAAGUAAUCCAAAUCAAGAACAAAAACGAAAACAAAAACAACAACAGCAACCAUCAACAUCUUCGUCAACAAGCGACAAAACUCAAAGUACAAGUGAAGCUCAUGUUGUCUCACUACCAAAAAAAAUUCGAUUAUAUGAUGCACAAACUGGAGUAUCUGUCGGUAUAUAUUUAGAAAAUAACAAUACAUUAAACUCAAAAAAUGUUCAAUUGAUUUAUCCAACUGCUACCACCGUUAAAUGCUUUUUUCCAGGUGAAACUGAUCCAGAUCUAUUUCCGUGUGAAAAUAAUCGAAUAAGAUCACCAAUUGGUAUUUGGCCGGAUGACAUUUAUGAACCUGUAUUACCAUCAUAUGCUAUACCACCAUUAGUGAAUUUGGUCCAGAGUCAGUCACGUGACUAUGCACCUUGUCAAUUGAUAAAUUUAUAUAACCCACAUUUAUGCUUAGAUGCUGAAUUACUAGUGGACUGUGGCUGUUCCGUUGAUCUUAUAUUACCUUCUAGAGAAAUUGAAAAGUUACAAUUACAAAAAGUAACUGGUGGUACUGCUGCUCGAGGUUUUAAUAAUCGUAUAACAACAUUGCCAAAAUAUGAAGAUGUUAAAAUUAUCGUUAACCUUAAACAUUCAACAACCGGACAUGUUACAACAAAAAGUGCAAUUAUCUCCGUUUUUGAACGUUUACCUUUAUUCACAUCGGAUAUUGGGAUACAAUGUUCAAAUGAUCUUUUUUCAGAUGAACCACAAACAACAACAAGUUCAUAUUGA